AUGCAGCAUUUUAUAUUGCUAUUGUUAUUAUUUGUUAAAUAUGGUGCAUAUGUAUUAUGCUCGAGCCCUAGUGAUAAUGUAAGUUUUGAAAACGAUAUUGACGAAGAAUGGAAGCUCCAUCCUCUCGAAACAAAUCCUUUUGUUGAUUUACAACAUCCUAAUUUCAGGGGAGACUUUGUAAGAUCUAUUAAUGAAUAUUAUGUAUAUGAAACAAAAGAAUAUAAUAAUUAUAAAAAAGAAAGACAUAAUAAUAUAAAGAAUAAUACACCUUUUGAAAAAAAGCAAUUUCGUUGCGCAAUCAAUAUAUUAUUACAUGGAAGACCCAAUUCAAGAAAUGCAAAUGAUUAUAGAAUAUGGAGUCCCCAAACAGCUUUAAUAAAGUAUGAUGUAAUGCUAAAAAAAAAAUAUCAUAAAUAUAUAAUAUUUGCGCCAUUUGUAGUAAUAACAAAUUUUACUGGUGAUGAAGGAGUACACGCUCAUGCUAAUUAUGCAUUCCUUAUCGCAAAUCGUUUAUCUAUGACAUUCAAGCAUUUAUUAAAUGAUGAUACAUGCCAUACAUAUGAUGUACUUAUGCACUCGCAUUGUGUGGGAGGUAAUAUUGGUAGAAUUGUUUUCACGUUAGAUAAAGAAAUAUGGAAGACAGCAAAUAUUUCAUUAAUAGAUAUGGAAAAUGAAAGAACAAUAUUAGCAAUAUUGAAUGACAAUUUCAAACGAACAUUAACAGACGUAAAUAUAAUAUCUGAUAAAAGUACAAUAAAAUAUCGAAGUGAUCCAUAUUUUAAAUAUGAUCAUCAUUGUUUGUACAAAUCAUUUAAAUAUACUCCUGAAAAAAAAAAAUUAACAGAUGACUUUGAAGAUAUGUUUGACGAUUAUAAUGUUGAAUAUGAUCGUUUAUGGUCUGAGGCGAAGCAAUUGAAUAAACAAAAAUUAUUCCGACGUUCAAAACAAAAAACAUCGGGUGGUAAAAAUUUUGGGUCAUCUUUCAAAGGACAUGCUAAUCUGACCUCGGAUGUUAGACAAAACGAUAUUGAGAAUGACGAAGAAGAUACAUCUAAAACCAGUGGCACAUUUGACGCUGAUAAUAAUACUUAUGAUAAUUUUCAUUAUUCCUAUCAAUCUGCAAAUAAUAAUUUAAGUGACGAUGAUGACGAGGAAAUAUCUAUAAAAUUUGUAAAAAGGUUGCAUUACCAUAUUUUAAAUAAAAAAUUUAAUUUAUUAGGUGCUACUUUAACAGCAUCACCAUUAUCUGGAAUAUAUGCAAAUAUGGAAGAUCUUACAAUAGGUUAUCAAAAUAUAUCAAAAUAUAGACAUAUUAUUAGAUGGAUUCCUAAAUUUGUUACAUCUAAAUUAGCUAAACUGCGAGAUUUUAAAGAAUUGUUUUAUUUAGUAAACCCAGAAUUGUUUUGCAUAUUAGCUGUAAAUGAAAAAUUAGAUUAUAAUUUUAAAAAAAAUACAGGUUCAUUGAUGGCAUUUUUUAAGAAUGUUAAUUAUUAUUCUGAUUUAGACACUGACGAAUUAGUAAGCUUUUAUUCUGCUUUGGGUAUUCAUUCAUCGAUGCACAUGAGAUCAUUGAGUUAUUUCAUUUUAAACAUUAGAAAUGAAUACUAUUUACGACUAUAUAAUAUCCCUGCUUAUUUAUCCGACAUUAAUGUAUCAAAUAACUUCCCAUUUUUUAAUUAUAUAAAAAAUAAUCCCAUAUGUGAGCAUGUACCACAACAUAAUUUAGGCCAAUUUAUAUCUUUUGUUAAUGAAAUAAUUAAUUAUGAUCAAAAACCGAAACCAUACAUUCCAAAUAGAUAUGUAUAUAAAAGCCCCAAAUUAAGUCAUUUUAUUGUCCCAAUGAAUAUGUCUGAAAAUGUCUAUACACCACAUUCAAUAAUGGGAAGUGGAAGAACUAAUCUAUUGCUGUAUACAUAUGAUACAUAUAGAAAUAUAUCUCGUAAACAAGCUAGUGAUUAUAAUGUACUUACAAGCGAUGUUGAAUAUGAAUCUGAAGGAGACCCAUUGAUUUUUUAUAACUGGCUAUCAUAUGUUGGCGAUCAAAAUGAUAUGAAACGUCGUAACUUUAUGCAAAAAAUUUAUUUAUAUACAGAUAAUAUAAAUAUUAACACAGCAGAUAACUUAAUUAAUUCAUUUGUUACUACUCAUUACACCAAAUUUUUUAUAUUUGAUAAAAACCAUCCAGUUGAUGCUUAUAAGCAUUUACAUAGAACAUUGAAUAAUUUCUCUAUACCUAUCCAUAGAGUCUCAUUUAGAGUUGAAAAUAAUAAAAAAAUUUCCUUCCCAAUAUUAAGUAAUCCGAAAAUAGAUCGUGAUGAAGCUAUUAUAUAUGAAUAUAUUAACAGGUACACGAAUUUUAUUCAAAAUCAUGUUAUAAGGAAUUCUUUUUAUACUACAAGUGAUCAAAAUUAUAUAUUAUCUCAUAAAGAAUUUAAAGGGCAUCAACAAAAAGUUGUUGAUCGUUUGAGAGACCAAAUCAAAGUUGUGAAAAAUUUUAUUACCACACAUAAAACUUUCAAUGAAAUGAAACAAGCAUUAAGGGAUUCCUUUAAUAUGUAUAAAAAUUCCUAUGAUGAAAGUAAUUCAUCAGAAGAGAAUAUUAUUUAUGAACGUAAUGAAUUACCUAAUUAUGAAGAAGCGACUAGCCAUGGUACUGCACCAAUAAAUACAGAUAAUUAUAUUAACGAAGAAAUGGGUGAUCUGAAAUCAUUUACUGAAGCAAACUACCCUGAUUAUAUGGACUUUAAUGAAAAUACUUCAAAGGGAAGGUCUACGCAAAAUGACUUAUCUUAUUAUGACAAUUACAAUGGAACUUAUUUAUUAGCUAAUAGUAAUUUAAAAUUAAAAUCUGUCUAUAACUAUAUGUUAAAAUAUAGUAAAACAUAUAAAAGUACAAAAUAUAUAGAAUUUGUAAUAAAAAAUGAAAUGCAUGGAGAUAUACAUGACCAACUAAUUAAUAUAGAAAAUGGUUCAUCAUGCUUAUUUGAUGUAAAUGAUAAUAUAAAGCUUUCUUAUAUAAUCGAUUAUUGUAAUUAUGAUAAAAAAUCGUAUUUACUUUUUUACAAAACGUAUCAAUCUAAAAAUAUAUAUUCAGUAACAUCACAAGAUGAAUGUGAAAACCCAGAAAAUAGUUAUUUCAAAUUAUGUCAAAACGCAAUUAUCCUUAAAAAGUUUUUUACGAAAAGAUUAGAUACUAAGAUUGGUGAAAUACAUAAAGAUGAAAUGAAAAGAAUGACAAAAAUGAAAAGAGCUAUUGAGACCAAUAUAGAUUCUAAGGAUAUUCUUUCCAUAUCAAAUGACUCAUUAGUUUCAAUAAUUCAUGAUAAAAAUGAAGGUAUAACUACGUUUGAUAUUAAUGCGUGCUUUACUGUGUCGGCCAAACCUACACUUGGAAAUAUAUUUAAUGUGAAUCCUCGCGUUGAUCCAGAAACUGCGCGCACUAAUAUCAAUAACUCAAUAUUUUGUACUCCUGUAUCUGUUCCGGUUGCAUUAAACAGACCAAUAAUGAAAAGUAUAAAUGAUAUAUACAUAAGAGGAAUUAUGAAUAUUAUGAAAAAUUCAGAAUUUAAAAAGUUUAUGAAGAUCCCUGAAAAUAGCAAUCCUUAUCAUUCAUUUAUAUAUUUUUUUGAUAAAUAUGCUUAUCUUUAUAAAAAAAGAAGCUGGUAUAAAAAUAUGAAUCAGGUAGAAAUGUUUAUUCCACCACAAACAAUUAAAUGGAAUAUGUUUUAUUAUUUAUUAAGACACGAUGUACAUACUGUUUACAAUAAUGAAGCAUUUUUAUAUGAUUUCUUUUACGGAAAAAAAUCCACUAAUGUCAAGGCACUAUCUAGAAACGUAAUGAAGGCUUUCUUGAGCCAUUUUACCCUCUUUUUCUAUCUUUAUAAAGUAGACGAGUCUAUUGGCAAUUAA